AUGUUAAUUCUCGUGGUUGACAAGCCUUUACGGGAGAAACUCGUUUUGAUAGAUAUCAUCCAACACUUGGGUGUGACUUACCCUUUUAAAAACGAGACCAAUGAAAUCUUGAAACAGAUCUAUGAGACUCAAUUUGAUCUUGAUACCAUUAACGAUGAUAUAUUAGAGCUUUACGAAGCUUCAUAUUCACGAGUACAUGGAGAAGAUAUACUAGAGAAAGUCACAAGUAACCAAGGCCUUAAACCGACCGAUUUGCAGGGCAUUACCUUACCAAGGCUAGAAGCUAAAAGAUAUAUUUCUAUCUAUCAAAAAGAUGUUUCACAUAAUAAAAUACUUCUACACUUUGCUAAAUUGGAUUUCAAUUACUUGCAAUCUCUUUAUAAGAAAGAGCUCAAAUUUCUAUACCGGUAUUGGAAGGACAAACAUAUUACAACUAAACUACCAUUUGUACGAGAUCAAGUAGUGGAAUGUUACUUAUGGAUAUUAGGAGGAUUUUAAGAACCUCAAUUAUCUUCUCUGAAAAUUAUAAUGACUAAAUUAGUUUUCAUGAUAGUAAUAAUUGAUGAUAUGUAUGAUGCAUAUGGAACAUUUGAAGAGCUUAAACAUUUUACCGAUGCAAUUGAAAGGUUCUGGGAUAUGAAAACUGUAGAUAAUCUCCGAGACUAUAUGAAACUAUGCUAUAAAUUAGUUUUUGAAUUAUAUGAGGAAAUUGAAAAGGAGAUCAUCAAAAGAGGAACCAUAUAUCGAAUUCAAUAUGUAAAACAAAAGUGGUUCAAUGAAAAUAAUAUACCACUAAUCGAAGAGUACAUGCUGAUUACAAUGCAUUCAACUGCAUAUCACUUGUUCUUGACUGUUGCUUUUGUAGUUAUAGAAGAUACUGUAACAAAAGACAUGUUUGACUGGGUUGCUAGCAAGCCAAAGAUUGUGAUAGCAGCAACACUUAUUGCCAAAUUCAUGGGCGAUAUUUGUUUUUCAUAA